AUGGCAGUACUGUUUCGCCUAGGACGCCUUUUUAAGCGCUCUCUUUUCCAGCGACCUGCUUCACCCGUGCGGCAGUUCACUCAAUCAAAUUUUCAACUACUCGAUCCAAAUGACAAGUUCGAGGAAGAAACGCUUCCGUCGUACACACCAGAGAGCACUUAUUCUGUCAAAAUCGGCGAAGUCUUCCAAUCUCGGUACCAAGUUAUCGGAAAACUAGGAUAUGGGGGGUACUCGACGGUGUGGCUUUGCAGGGAUCUCACACAGCAUAAGUACGUCACAUUGAAAGUAUUCAAACGUGAUUCAGCCGAGGGCAAGAGAGAAGUUGAAGCCUACGCCCACCUUAAUGCGUGUAGUGCGUCAUCUAGUGCAUCCCAUAACGGUGCCAUGUUUGUUCGAACGGCGCUGGAUAGCUUCCAGAUCGAUGCACAAGGACUCGGCGCUUCUCAGGGGCUCUACCAGUGCAUUGUACACCAUCCUCUAGGCAUAAGUCUAUAUGAGCUCCGAAAUCGAUUCGCUGCCGAGAUACUACCGGAAAAAUUAGUGAAAUUGACUCUAUGGCAUCUCCUCCUUGCUGUUGAUUACCUUCACACAGAAGCUGGUAUUGUCCACACCGACAUACAAGAAAAAAAUGUUAUACUCGGUAUUGAAGAUCCUUCGAUAUUAGCUGAUUUUGAGGAGGCGGAGAAAUCCAAUCCUAGUCCGCGGAAGAUUGUUGAAGAUCGGCUCGCUUUGGGUCAGCCCAUUACUCCGGUGAAAUACAACCAUAUAUACCGGGCCCCUGAAGUUUUACUACGUAUGUCUUGGGAUCAGAAGGUUGAUAUUUGGAAUCUUGGGGUUGUUACCUGGGACCUUUUCCAAAGAGGCCAUUUAUUUUAUGCUAGAGAUUCACAGAAGCAAGACUCGGACGCUAAUCACAUCGCUGAGAUGAUUGCGCUUCUUGGACCACCACCAAGAGAUCUACUACAAAACAGCGACUAUGCUACAGACUUCUUCGAUAGCGAAGGUAAUUGGAAAGGAGCCGUUCCAAUUCCUUCAAGAAGUUUUGAGCAGCUUGAGGGAAAUUUGGAAGGUGAACAGCAAGAACUCUUUCUUGCAUUCAUGCGUAAGAUGGUUCGAUGGCGACCAGAGGAAAGAAGUUCCGCAAAAGAUCUAUUGUCAGAUCAGUGGCUAAGGUCGCCGUAA